AUGACAGACUCUUCGACGCCCAAGGUUCACGACGCUCUAGAAGAGAGGCUUGGGCAACUGUCUAAGAAACGAGGCGUCCGGGCGAGUAUUGUUCUCGACAGAACCAGCGGCGCGAUCCUGAAGACGAGCGGCGAAUUGUCGGCUUUACGAACCGCAAAGGCUCGCGAUGCGGCAACAACGGCGUCGUUCUCCAACGAGGCAUCCGCAGCGGAAGCAAGUGAAUCGCAAGGGGUUGAGGAUUUCGCGGCCAUGAUUUGGAACUUUGUCAAAACGUCUGGCCAUUUGGUGGAGGAGGUGGAUACCGAGGAUGAAUUGCGACUUCUGAGAUUACGAACAAAGAAACAGGAGAUUGUCAUCGUGCCCGAUGCCAAAUACGUCCUCACCGUUAUUCACGACACACCAUCCGCUUGA